AUGGAGGAACACGUGAACCAGGCUGGAAACUCGUCCACGGACGGGCUGGUGUUCACCGAUGCCUCGAUCAUCCUCAGGGCUCUGGUGCUCGGCCUCCUCAUACUCGUCACUAUUGUCGGGAACCUGUUCGUGAUUGCAGCGAUCCUGCACGAGCGGAACCUGCAGUCAGUGGCGAAUUAUUUGAUCGUCAGUUUGGCCGUGGCGGAUCUUAUGGUCGCCUGCCUGGUCAUGCCUUUCGGAGCAGUUUAUGAGAUAAACUCGAGAUGGCCGUUGGGCCCUGAGCUGUGCGACAUGUGGACAAGCAGCGAUGUACUCUGCUGCACCGCCUCGAUAUUGCAUCUGGUGGCUAUCGCGGUCGACAGAUAUUGGGCAGUCACCGAUCUCAAUUAUAUACAGGCGAGGAAUCCACGGCGGAUCGGUAUGUUGAUCGUCACCGUCUGGGUGGUGUCCUUAGGAAUCUCGUUGGCGCCCCAACUUGGCUGGAAAGAUCCUGAUUAUUUGGAACGUAUAGAUGAAGGAACGUGUCUGGUGUCGCAGGAUCCUGCAUACCAGAUCUUCGCCACUUGCGCCACGUUCUACCUGCCCCUGCUGGUUAUUCUAUUUCUGUACUGGAGGAUAUUUCAAGCAGCACGGAAGCGAAUCAGAAAGAGACCGGGGACUAUCGUGCAGCCACCCCGUGAAAGAAGAGGCAUCCUUAGACUCGUCACUAGAAGACCGAGAGAGGAGUCAACAGCGUUCACCAUAACGAGAUCCACGCCGGACCAUUCGUCGAUCUCACCGGAGAAAUCGUCGUCGUACAAUGGCGCGAACGCGACACAGUCGACCACCGUGACACCGUCAGCUGUGUCAACGACAACCACGACGACCACGACCACCGUGACGAAUCCGUCGAGCAGCCACUCGACGUCGUCCAGCAAACGUACACGCGAGACGAUCGAGUCGAAACGCGAGAGGAAGGCGGCGAAGACGCUAGCGAUAAUUACCGGGGCGUUCGUCGCGUGUUGGCUGCCCUUUUUCUUGGUCGCGUUACUUCGUGCCACGUGCGAAGUCUGCCAGCCACCGGAGCUGAUAGCAAGCGUAUUCCUGUGGCUGGGCUACUUCAACAGCACCCUGAACCCUGUGAUUUACACAGUAUUCUCACCAGAGUUCAGGCAAGCCUUCAAGAGGAUGCUUUGCGGUGGUUCCAGAAUAAUUCGCUGA